AUUCGCUGCGCCCAAAGUGAUUGUACUUUUCAGCUCACGCUCUGGCUAAAAGGCGCAACCCUAUCGCCCCGGCUCAUCUUGUGUUGGUGCCAUCUUUGUCAGCUCGAGCGGCUCGGCGGUGGGCUCCGCGAGGCGAGGCUGGACUGAAGUGAAUUGAUUCGUGGGGAUUAGGGAUUAAGACUUCCCCGGCUGCUUCGGUGGAGUAAAUCUGGGGAUUAUGAUGUCAACAGCCUGUGGCUGCAGGAGAGGAAAUUGAAUUGUGAGGGACGGGAGUGCCGAUGGGCCGGGAUUACAGCACAGUCAGUGAGAAAUCAGAGAUGGGCGUCCAUGUCUGUGCCUUUCUCCUGCUCAGGAAACCCUCCAUGGAGCACCAUUUACUGCCUUUGAGGAACAAAGGAGUCACUCACAUAGGAGAAGCAACUCUGAGUAAAUGUUUAGGAUGUUGAUUGAGUGAGAAGACGAUUUCUGUGUCCCUGGUAAUCCGGUCCAUCCUGCUUGGGCCCUGUGAAGCAUCAGGUGCCAUCUCCCGCUGCGGCUGCUCCCGCUCCCGCUGCGACCGUUAAAUUCGAAGGACUCACAAAAACCAGCAGGAUGAAGGUGAAAUGGACCCAGCUGGGUUUGGUGUUCUUCCUCGUUUUAUCUCUGGUGAUGACAGGAUGCUUCUUCUGGCAAUAUCAGCUGCCAAAACUUCUGCCAGAUGAAGCGAUGGGUCGCAACGCCAAAUUGGAGAUGAUGUGUCCCCGUUUCCCCGAGCCUCUGCCCCUGGAGCACCCCAUCCCCAGUCUGAAAGAGGCCCUGGAGAAGGUGGACGUUUUGCUUCGGCAGUACAUCAACCCCAUCAGCCUUCCCUCUCUGUCAGCCAUCGUCAUCUUAAACGACACCGUUCUGUGGACCGGCAACUUCGGAAAAAGGAACAGCAGCGACCCGAACUCAGGAGCCCCCAACGAGUACACGAUAUACAGAAUCGCCAGCCUAUCAAAAAUCUUCCCGACGCUGAUGCUGUAUAAACUGUGGGAGGACGGGAAGAUCGGCUCCCUCGACGACCCUCUGGAGAAAUAUGUGGAGAACUUCACCAUCAAGAACCCUCUGGGGAAGACGCGGGACUCGGAGCUGAAAUAUGUGACAGAUGGCCUGAUAUUUCUGGACAGCGGGGAGGUUCAGAUCCGCUCGUCCUCAGUCACCCUGCGCAGGAUGGCCAGCCAGCUCUCAGGUCUACCCAGGAGACUCCGGGCCACAAACCUGCUGUGGAAAGGAAAAACACAAUCUGCAAUAAAUCUGCUACAAGACGACGUCCUUGUCGCAGAUCCAGGCACCAAAUGUCACUACAGCAACCUGGCCUUCUCGCUGCUGGCUCAUGUGCUGGCCGAGCGAGUGGCCUCCACCGACUACCAGAAGUGGAUCACCGACAACAUCCUGGACCGGCUCGGGAUGGAGGACACGGGCUUCGACAUCACUCCGGGGCUCCAGGGCCAGGUGGCUGUGGGAGUGUACUCCAACGGGAAACCGGCCCCGCUCUACGAUCUGGGCUGGUACCGGCCUUCUGGUCAGAUGUUCUCCACGGCCGCAGACUUGGCCAAGCUCGCCAUGGUGCUGCUUGGGGCUUAUCACCGCAAGCUGCUGGAGCCGGACUCGUUAAAGAUCAUGCUGACCCCGCUCUUCAGGUGCGAUAAGGACUACUUUGCAAACCGCACCGGGACGCCGUGGGAGGCGAAUGAGCAGCUGGGCUACGAGGUGGUGCGCAAAGACGGCGAUCUGGACGGAUACUCUGCCACCUUCUCCCUGGUUCCUAGACUGAAGCUCGGUCUAGUGGUGCUAAUGGCUGGCAGCCGGUCUCAGAACCAGGAUGUGGUCACCAAGGCUUACAACUUCAUCAUCCCAGCCAUAGAGAAAGCCUUCAGGGAGGCCAAGAAGAUCCUCUUCCCUCCGCCAAACCCGGAGCCUUAUGUUGGCUUUUUCACUUACAGCAACAUCACCUUCUACGAGAUCAAAGUCGGGACGGAUGGCGUUCUGAUCAUGCAACAGUUUGGGCCCCAGAUUGAAGAGCUGAUCCCAGAGAAGUUCAGGACAAUAAAGCUCAACUACCUGGUGGACAGGGUGUUCAGAGUGGUUUUUGAAAAGGAGUACCCUUGUGUUUUACAAGUCGGCUCGGCCUCGGUGUCCCUGGAAGCCCAAGACGGCCAAUUAUUUAACUUCUACACAUUUGACAAGCGCGGUUUGUCCCCUGGUUUUGACGCACCGGGACUGAAUACAUAUAAUGUGGUGAGAAUAGCCCGCAAGCCAUCCUUUUCAAGCUGAACUGCAGCAAUGCUGUGUCAUACAGACAAAUGUGUCCUUGGGAUAUGUGAUGGUAAACAAAUAAACGGCCAUGUGCUACUGAAAGACUGAAUAGAACAGUUGGCGUCAUUCCGCAGUCAAAGAUUAGGAUUAUGCUCAUGAUUUAUUGAGUGGGACAGCAUUAUGUAUAAGGUCUUGCACAGAAAAUGAAUUUCUCUGCUGAAUGAUGUAUAUGACAGUCCUCUUCACCACGGUCCUUCAUUGUGCCUCCUAACUGAACGCCCACAUUAUGGUGAUAUAAGGUGCUUGUCUUUUCUCCUGCUAGCUUUUUAAACCGCUCUCACAUUGUCCUCACCUCCUCUGUCCUUGAGUUCACAUGAGCGACAUACAGCAGAACACCGGCUCACAGCAAAACUCACUGUUGUUGUCAUUUACAUAAAUAUUUUCAUAGAAUAAAUUAUCUCCAUUUCUUGGACCAACGCUGCAGCUGUCGACGACUCAUACAUAUUCAUCCCUCCAUCGUGAAAGUGGGGGAAAAAAUAAUCAAUUUAAUAUCCUUCCAUGUUACUUGUGGAAGGUAAAUGAGGACAUGAAUAUAAACAUGAAUACACAUGACUUAUACUUCAACACUGACGUUGCCAUAGGUACAGACCUGCUGAUUUAAUGUUAACAAUCAAGAGUGUAAAUGUGACCAAGACGCAGAAUAUUUAUGAUUAAGAACAGAGAGGCUUUUUGUUGCCUGCUGGAAACUUACAGAGACAAAUGUACAAAACUAACCCCCUCGUAAGACGACAUUUCACCUUUCAUAUACGAGAUUUCCUCUCUGACGGCCUGAUGGAAAUGGAUUAAUAUUGGAAGUGUCGCCCACUCUUGAAGCAUCUGGUGCAACGAGUGAU